CUUGCGGAGCAGCGUAACGCAGUAUUUUUCAUGUUUGACCCCGUAAAAUGAUAUAAUUUGCAAAGGAAGCUGCGAAAACGCGCUGGAAGGAAAGCAUCGCGGGAUCCGAUCUCGUAGCGAGUCCUCUGAGAUCGCUGGAACAAAGGAAAUUAACAAUGAGUGAAGUUGAUGCGAAAUCUAUGAACAAUAAAUUGUUUGAUGAAGGGGAUGUGGCAUAAAUGGACAUGGAGUUGCAUAUUCUUGUUAUUCAAAAAUAUCUGGCUGCUGGUGAUUUAUGUUGGAACAACCAAUGUUAGACGUGCAGGCUACAUAUGUCCCAUCUGUUAUUUAUAGGCCCAUAUUGCCAUCCGAUCUUGAUGUUCUUGAGCAAAUACAUGCCAAAUUGUUUCCAAUAAGGUAUGAGAGAGAGUUCUUCCUUAAUGUUGUCAAUGGUCAUGGCAUUGUCUCAUGGGCAGCAGUUGAUAUUGGUCUGAACAGUCAAAGCGAUGAACUUAUUGGGUUUGUUACUACACGAGUGAUAGCCGCUCAUGAUAGUGAGAUUGAAGACUUACUUACAUCUGAUGCUUCAAGAAAAGAUGCAACUCUUGUAUAUAUACUGACACUUGGUGUUGUAGAGCGUUAUCGGAAUCAUGGGAUUGCUGGUUCUCUUGUUCGGGAAGUCACAAAAUAUGCUUCGAGCAUGACAAACUGCCGAGCAGUUUACUUGCAUGUUAUUGCUUAUAAUCAGCCUGCGAUCAAUUUCUAUCAAAAGAUGCAAUUCAAGCUCAUAAGGAAAUUGCACAAGUUUUACUACAUCAAGGGCCGACACUACGAUGCAUAUUUAUUCGUGUAUUAUGUAAAUGGUGGCCGAUCUCCCUGCUCUCCACUGCUUCAGUGGUAUGCACAUCCUUUUCCUUAUGCAGAGACGUCCUGUCAACGGCUGCGACGUACAUUAAGGGCCUGCUUAAGCUUCUUGCUACAAAGCUAUGGAAAAAAGCCGAAAAGAAGAGCCCUAGGUGGUCAAAGUGUAAAGAAAGCAGCACCCUUUUACUCACUCAGAAUAAGAGAAUCAUUGGUUCGGACAACACAAUAUGCCAAUGCGUGUGAUAAAGCCGCCAUUUCAAAAUAAAAAUCGACUACCUCAGUAUAAGUAUCAUAGUGUAUAUGUUCAUCGGUCAUUGUACCGUUUGUAUCAUCAAUUUUCAUCAGUUUUGUGGUUCAAAUCAUACCAAUUGUGGUCACAGGGAAAAUCAUGUUAGUUGACUUUUUAAAGACCUCUUGUUUCCAAUUCUGAUUUCUGCAAUCUCAAUGAUUUCAUGAAAAAGAUGUUGUUUCUUCUUUUGCA